AUGGCGCUGGUGGCCUCCGGCGAGGGCACCGGUGGCCGGGGACGGGUUGACGCAGUUAAUAUUGAAGAAACCAAGCAGCCACAAGGAGGAUCAACCGUUGAGUUUGCAUUCUGCACGAGAAUGUUGCUAGAACAAUUGAAAAGACAUGGUGCUGCUGGAGUUUUGUCAUAUAGACUACUUGAUAUUGUGUAUUAUGUCAUCGCUUUUUUAUUAGUUUGGGAGUCAUUGAAUGAUUUGCUUUUCGGGUUCCAUUUUUCGCCUGCUCCCGGUAGGAUGGGCUAUGCUGCAGCAGUGGAGAGGUUCCUUAAAUUAAUGGCAAUGAUGUGGGCUGGCAGUCAGGUUACUAAAAUUCUUCGCGUAGGAGGAGCCCUUGUUGAUAGAGGACUGAGAUGGUUCACUGUGAAGUUCAACUUCCAGUCAGAAGGAAAGGCAUUUGCGACGGUCGUGGAGUUAUGCUUUGCACUUGCUGCGCUCAUGUUUGUCGGAUUAACAGUACUCUGGGCAUAG